GUACUGCGGUUUACUUGCAGCAGCAGAGUUCUCUUCGGUUACGUCGGAGUACUCGUCUUUUUUGUUCGCUUUUAUGAUUCAGGGCUUCAGCUUUCUUCUCCCUCUCCAAACCACCCCGUAGCAGGGUUAAAUUGGGUAUUCCCCUUUCUUUCUGAGCAGUUUCGUAGCUCAGGGCCGGAGGGAGGGCAGAUGAAGAGGGUUGUUUCUAAGGAUUUCACUGGAAUAUUGUUUGGGAAAGUAUCAUGGAAGUUCUGCGCCCGCAGCUUUUAAGAAUUGGUGGACGGAUUUAUAGGAAGAAUCCUAUUCAAGAACAGACUUACCAACAUGAAGAAGAGGAUGAGGACUUGUGUCAAGGCUUCACGGAGUGUGCGGAAGAGCCCUGUGAUGGCUAUGAGGUGGUGCAGACCGAACAAGGCUUCCAGUGUACAGUGAAGGCCCCCAGCCUACUCUACAAGCAUAUAGUUGGAAAGAGAGGGGACACUAGGAAGAAACUAGAAGUGGAGACCAAAACUUCUAUUAGUAUUCCUAAACCUGGACAAGAAGGAGAAAUUGUAAUCACUGGCCAGCAUCGAAGUGGUGUAAUUUCAGCCCGAACUCGGAUUGAUGUUCUUCUGCUCACUUUUAGAAGAAAGCAGCCUUUCACACACUUCCUUGCCUUUUUCCUCAAUGAAGUUGAGGUUCAGGAACGAUUUGUGAAGUUCCAGGAGGAAGUACUGGAGAAGUGCUCCAUGGAUCAUGGAGUUGAUAGCUCUAUUUUCCAGAAUCCGAAAAAACUUCACCUAACUAUUGGGAUGUUGGUACUUUUGAGUGAGCAAGAGAUCCAGCAGACAUGUGAGAUGCUAAAGCAGUGUAAAGAGGACUUCAUUGACAACAUUUCUGGGGGCAAACCCCUGGAAGUAGAGAUGGAAGGGAUAGAAUACAUGAAUGAUGAUCCUGGCAUGGUGGAUGUUCUUUAUGCCAAAGUUCAUAUGAAAGAUGGCUCCAACAGGCUGCAGGAAUUAGUUGAUCGAGUGCUGGAACGUUUUCAGGCAUCUGGACUAAUAGUAAAAGAGUGGAAUAGUGUGAAGCUCCAUGCUACCGUCAUGAAUACUCUAUUCAGAAAAGACCCCAAUGCUGAAGGCAGGUACAAUCUCUACACAGCGGAUGGCAAAUAUAUCUUCAAGGAAAGAGAAUCAUUUGAUGGCAGAAACAUUUUAAAGAUGUUUGAGAACUACUACUUUGGUACCCUAAAGCUCAAUUCAAUCCACAUCUCUCAGAGGUUCACAGUAGAUAGCUUUGGAAACUACGCCUCCUGUGGACAAAUUGACUUCUCCUGAGGUGGAUCUUGGGAAGCACUAGAAAUUGAACAUCUUCAUAAGGGCAGCAGCAAGAGAAACAAUGAUGGUAUCAGCAGGACUCUGCAGAGUUCCCUGGGAAAAUGUCAGCUGCAGAAGGUGCUCCGUCCUUGCCCCUUGCCACAGAUGGGGAGGAGGGAGCGAGCUCUCAGCACAGCUCUGCCUGCCACACCUGCCACUGUGCUGAUCGCCUGGGAGCUCCAGCCCAGCUCUCACCUAUCUCCUCCUCCUCCUGCUCCUCACAGCCUUCCCCCUCCAUGCUCUCUCGUUCUUCCUCCAUUCCUUAUUCUUACCUUGCUUUUUACGUUCUGUUUAAGAAGUUCGAUUCUGAACCCUGUGUAUCAAGGUCCCUGCAUAGUGAAGGUUGUGUGUUAACGCUCAGAUUUGUUUAUCACCAUGACUGCACAGAUCAAUU